AUGGCCCCUACUGGAACAGAAAGCUCUCUCUUGUUUUCAACGCGCGACUUGUGGCAGAACUCCAUGGAACUUGUCAUUCGAAAUGUCGUCUCCAUCCAUUUCUGUCACACUAUGUCCUUUGACGGGCAGCCUGCUCGUUCCGGCGAGGCAACAGGAUUCGUCGUGGACGCUCAGGGAGGUCUCAUCUUGACGAACAGACACGUUGUGGGAGCCGGUCCUUUCUGGGGAUCCGUAUUAUUCGAAAGCCACGAGGAGGUUGACGUGUACCCUGUGUAUCGCGAUCCCGUACAUGACUUUGCUUUCUUACGAUUCGAUCCCAAGGCGGUCAAGCAUACUGACCUCGGCGGGCUCCAGCUUCGCCCAGACCUUGCGGCAGUGGGCCUUGAAGUUCGAGUCGUCGGCAACGAUGCCGGGGAAAAAGUCAGCAUUCUGUCUGCCUGUAUCAGCCGCCUCGAUCGCAAUGCACCUAGUUGCUGUCGAUCUUGUGAUUCCAGUGACCUCAACACCUGCUACCUUCAGGCGAAUGCAUCGGCUAGCGGUGGUAGCUCUGGCAGUCCCGUCGUCAAUAUUGAUGGUUAUGUGGUAGCCCUACUAGCCGCCGUAAAACAGGCCGGCAGUGCAUCCACUGCCUUUUUUCUCCCCCUUGACCGACCGCUCCGAGCAUUGCAACACCUCCAGAGAGGUCAAUUCGUUCCGAGGGGCGAUCUACAAUCUCGAUUCCUUCUCAAAGCUUUUGAAGAGUGCAAGCAUCUUGGUCUCACUGACGCCUGGGAGGCAGUCGUGCGACAAAAGUGUCCAGACGAGAACAGUUUACUCGUUGCAGAAGCUAUCUUGCCAAAUGGGCCUGCCGAUCAAAAGAUUGAGGAGGGCGACAUUAUCAUGGGGAUCAACGGAGAAAUCGUUACCAAGUUCGAUCAGCUCAACGACAUCCUCGACUCGAGUGUGCAUAAUCUUAUCCGUCUACAGCUUCAACGAGGAGGCGAGGUUAUUGAGGUUGACGUUGAAGUUGGAGACCUACAUGCGAUUACUCCCGAUCGCUUCAUAUCCGUCUCUGGUGCCAUAUUCCAUACCAUAUCCUACCAAAAAGCUUACGCCUACGCUAUCGCCUGCCAAGGAGUUUUCAUCUCUCAUGCUGCCAAAGCUUCGAGCUUCUUCGAAGUCGGCAGCAACUGCAUAGUCCACAGCGUGGACAACAAGGAAGUUCCAGACUUAGAGACCUUUGGCAAGGUGAUGGAAGGCAUCCCGGAUAGAUCGCGGGUGAUUGUCUCGUACAAGCAUCUUACCGACUUGCACACUCUCCACUUCCGAGAUAUUCGCAUCGAUAGGCAUUGGUUCCCCGAAAUGAAACUAGGGGUGAGAAACGAUCAGACCGGACGAUGGGACUUCGUCAAGCUAGCCGAUCCUCUCCCUCCAACCGCCUCCGUCUCUGGUUCCGCACAAUUCACCAAGCUCGAGAAUCUGGAGUCGAAGUUCCCGGCUGCUGCUGGCGUGCUGCAGAGCCUCGUCCACGUGGAAUUUACCACACCUAUUCGGCUGGACGGUUAUCCGUUUUUCAGGGGUUGGACUAUGGGGCUGGUCAUUGACGCUGGUAAAGGCCUGCUUAUUGCCUCGAGAGCUCGUGCGCCAUUUGACCUAUGCGACGUGAUGGUCACUAUCGCCCAUUCAACUACUAUCCCUGGCAAAAUUUGCUUCCUUCACCCCUUGGAGAACUACGUCAUUAUCCAGUACGACCCCGAUCUUGUUGAUGCCCCUGUCAAAAGUGCUACUCUAAGCGCGGAGCGACUUAUGCCUGGCUGUUCCGUCAAUUUCAUUGGUUGCGAUCUGCUUCGACAGUUCGUGCAUACUUCGACAGCGGUAACCGCAGUGACACCUAGGACAAUACGGACUGCCGACGGCAUUCCAAGAUACCGGACACCCAAUUUUGAUGAGGUCAUUAUUGAGACGAAGCUAAACUCGAACUACCGCGCUGGUGUGCUUGUUUCAGACGAUGGGGUCAUCCGGGCCCUCUUUUUCUCCUAUCUGGGGGGAGAUAGCCAGAGUAAUGACUUCCAUCUUUUGGGGCUCGCUACAUCUACUUUACUCCCUGUCAUAUCCCAAAUUCAAGGAGGCAUUACUCCGUCUCUCAGAAUGUUGCCUGUCCAGUUCAGUUCCAUUUCAUUGGAUAGGGCUAAGCCGAGAGGCUUAUCUGACGAGUGGAUUGAUAAGAUUACGAGAGCUAACCAGACGCGCGUCUUCAUGGUCAGUCGACAGACGUUGGAACGAAGCAGACAAACUCCUUCGCUAUUGGAAGGAGACCUUCUUCUCACUUUAAAUGGGAAAAUAAUGGUUGAGACCACUGACCUGAACGUCAUGUACUCCCAUGAGGUUCUUGACGCUGUCGUUGUCCGCAACGGCCAAGAACAUCGAAUCAAGGCUAAUACAAUCACUACCGAUGAUGUAGAGACCGAUCACGCCGUUUCCUUCUGUGGCGCCACAUUACAACGACCAUACCUUCCUGUGAGACAAAAGCUCAGCGAGCUACACAGCGAGGUCUAUGUCACAUUCCAUGACUUAGGCUCACCUGCGAGCCGAUUCAAUCUUGAGCCCACUUACUUCAUCACCCAUGUUGAUGGUAACCCGACGCCAGAUCUGAAAGCAUUUCUUGAGAUCGCCAAGAAAAUCCCAGACAACACCUAUUUCCGCUUGAAGGUCGUCACUUCCGACAAUGUCCGGAUGGUGGUCCCCAUGAAGAAGAACGAGCAUGAUUUCCCAUUGAAGGAAUGGACCAAGGAUUCCUCUGGGUGGAAGACGGAGACGUUCAGAAUUUAGGUCCUUAGCGAAGUCCCGGCAGGUGAUUUUGUAGAUGUUGUUCUUGUUGUUCUUGUUGUUCUUGUUGUUCUUGUUGUUCUUGUUGUUCUUGUUGUUCUUGUUGUUCUUGUUGUUGUCGUCGUAGGAGAUCAAGUCCGGCAACAUGAAUGCGUGGUGCUUGUAUAAGGAUGCUUGGGGCCGUAAGCCGCUGCCGGGCCAUAUCACUUUGGAGACAAAGACAAAAAGUGACAGCGCUCAUGUUGUGGUACAGGCAAAAGGCGAGUGUUCAUAACGCCGUCAACGUCAAUAUAUAAGAAAGGAUCACUAGAAUUGGCUUGCACCGUGAAGAAGA